UGUGUGUGUGUGUGUGUGUGUGUGUGUGUGUGCGCGCGCGCGCGCGCUAGUGAGUGAGUGAGUGAGUGAGUGGGCGGAGCAAAGUUGACGACGCCACUUCUCCGGGGCAGCUGCUCGGUUUCAGCUUCUCCUGCCGCCUUCGAGUGCUGCUCGUAAAUUUACCACCCGUAACAAAACGUGCUCAUACCGUGAAUGUAAUUAAGUCGUAUUUACAAAACUAAUGCUCCAACGUGUAUUUUUCAUGAAGAAGGGAUCAAACCAAAAAUGCGUACAAGAUUUCUGAAAUAAUUAAUUGUAGAUAAACCUUAAAGGCUACAUUUUUUUGGUUUAAAACUGUAUUAAAGGUUGAUUUAAUGUAAAAUGCACGCUGAAUUCUUCAUGCCCCACCUCUGUAGCUACUAAAUCUAUAUUUAGAACAACCAAUGCUCUUUAUUUAAGUGAAAUAUCCACCACAUUACUCUGUCUUAAAUGUUGAUAAUGACUCUUUCAUAUGUAUUAACGUUAACCUGUGGGUAUGUGGGUGUAAUUUGUGUAACACUGAUUAUCUUGUCCGGUGUUUCGCUUUAAAUAGCACGAAUUGCGGGUUUGUUGGCACACGUGCAGCCUACCUCGCAGAUAUUAUCCGACAGUCCUUGAAGGCAGCAGCGUUCCUGUGCGCGGAGGCAGAUUUCUCCUCCUAUCAGCGCCAUUGUGUGUCAGAGUCUCCCGGAGCGAGGACGGCUUGUUCUUCUCUUAGCCGACAGGACUGUUUUAAAUCCCCCCAUGUUUCUCUUCCGAAGCCCGGCGGACCUGGAUGUGAUUUAUGUUCGGUAAAGGCGCGAAGCGGAAGCUGGAUGAGGAUGAAGAGGCGCUGGAAGGCAAAACGCUGGAGGCGCCGUUGGCGGGAGGGGGACUAGGCCUGUGUCCGGAAGGCCUGUCCAAGGUGUCGUACACCCUGCAGCGGCAGACCAUCUUCAACAUCUCCCUGAUGAAGCUGUACAGCCAGCGGCCCCUCGGCGAGCCCAGCCUGGAGCGCCGCGUCCUCAUCAACAACAUGCUGCGACGCAUCCAGGAUGAACUGAAGCAGGAGGGCUCCCUGCGCCCGCUGCUCUUCCCUCCCUCACCACCACCAGAUGACCCCAUGGACGAGGGCUUCCGUGAGGCGCCACCUUCCUUUGGGACAACACAGGUAUCCCAGCCAUCUGCGCUGCUGAUGCCGGUCAUUGCUCCCCCGCCUUCACCCCACCCGAUGGUGCCUCCCAACUUCCAGACACCCCAGGCCUGCCCCAGCAGAGUGGAGCUCGGCUCCGCCCCUCUGCAAGCCUGCCUCACUCCGGCCUCUUUACUGGAGGAGGAUGGGGUAGAUUCAGCCUUUUGUGCUCCAUCCCCUCCCACUCCUCCUCUGUCGCCUCCCCCAGCACAGCCUCCACCCUUACCCUCGGCCCUUCUGAGCCAGGCUCCCCCCAGGGUCCCUGUGCCCGCCUCGUCCAAUGACAGCUUCCCCUCCGCUCUGAGUGACAUGGAGUUGGGUCCUCCCACAGCCAUAGCAAGGACAGCAGCAGCUAAUACUACGACCGUGACUACCUCCCCAACUCCCACCCCACUCACCCCGCCCUCCCACCUCGCAUCCCUCUCCCCCACACCCACAGGCCCACCCAGAGACUGCAGGACCAUGGGUGCAAAACUAGAGGCAGCUGGCGUCUUGCUAGCUGAAGGCCGCUGUGUGGAGCUCCGGCCGAUGGACACUCUGCCCACACUGCCCCCUGGUGGCCUGGUAGACAUUUCUUCCUCUCCCUCGUCCCCUCCUUCCUCUUCCUCACCCUCGGGGUUCCUCUCAGACUUGGCGCUGGACGAUGUCCUGUUUGCCGACAUCGACACGUCCAUGUAUGACUUUGACCCCUGUACGACAGCGGGGGCUGGGGGCGUGGCAGCAGGCGGCGGCCUCACCAAACUGUCAUCAGUGGUGACGGCGGACGACCUCCUCAAAUCUCUGUCGUCGCCGUAUAGCGGCCCCGCCCCCCAGGUUUCAGCCAAUCAGCCUUUCAAGAUAGAUCUGACAGAACUGGACCACAUUAUGGAGGUGUUGGUGGGAUCGUGACUCAUGGAUGCCCCCACCUCUGCAACACACGGACUGAUAAAUCACGAGAAUAGACUGAAAUGAAAGCGAUAGCGAUGUGGGGGUGUCUCGUGGUUUUUAUGUUGUUGUUUUUUUUUACUCUCUUCAAAGGUCGGUAAUUGUAAACAUCAAUGGUGAUGUCAUUCAGUACUACUAUGACAAAUACUACUACACAACACUGUGCAUGCACUGCGCUCGCCUUUCCAACGUAUGGAAAAGAAAGACAAAUACGCUUGUAUUUCUAGACUUGUGAGGACUGAUUGCAUUCAUUCCCUAAUCUCAACCUAGUUUCAACCUCAACCUUAGCCUUAACCUGAUAAUGUAACUGUAAAUACAAGACAUGGCGACCUUCACAUCGUCCUCAUUUUGGAGGAUUUCCUGCACUCAGUCUUUCAUAGUGCUGACAUUUACUCCUCACAGGUUUAGAAAUACAAGUACACACACACACACACACACACACACACACACACACACACACACACACACACACAGAAAUCGAGGCUUUUAGCAGUUGAGUGCCUUUCAAAAUGACCACUUGUUCAAUUCCUGUUUUUUUU